CGUGCCGCGGCUGCGCCGACUGCGCCAGCGCCGGGCGGGCAGGGCGCGCUCAGUCUGGCGGCGGCGGCCGUGCGCGCACUGACGUGCCGAGCGCCGCUCCGCCCGCACCGAGCCGCGCCGCCACCGGGCCGCGCCGCCGCCCGCCAUGGUGUCGUGGAUCAUCUCCAGGCUGGUGGUGCUCAUAUUCGGCACCCUCUACCCUGCGUACUAUUCCUACAAGGCUGUGAAGUCCAAGGACAUUAAGGAGUAUGUCAAAUGGAUGAUGUACUGGAUCAUAUUUGCACUUUUCACCACGGCAGAGACCUUCACGGACAUCUUCCUUUGCUGGUUCCCGUUCUACUACGAACUGAAAAUCGCUUUUGUAGCCUGGCUGCUGUCCCCCUACACCAAAGGCUCCAGCCUGCUGUACAGGAAGUUCGUGCACCCCACACUGUCCUCGAAAGAGAAGGAGAUCGACGACUGCCUGGUGCAAGCGAAGGACCGCAGCUACGACGCCCUGGUGCACUUCGGGAAGCGCGGCCUGAACGUGGCGGCCACCGCCGCCGUCAUGGCUGCCUCCAAGGUGGCUCGACUCUUUCACCUUGUCUCCUCUCUGGACGUCAGGGAAGGGCAGGGACAGGGCGCCUUGUCAGAGAGACUCCGGAGCUUCAGCAUGCAGGACCUCACCACCAUCAGGGGCGACGGUGCCCCCGCUCCCUCCGGCCCCCCGCCGCCCGGGCCUGGGCGGGCCAGCGGCAAACACGGCCAGCCCAAGAUGUCCCGGAGCGCGUCCGAGAGCGCCAGCAGCUCAGUGUGCACCUGCUGCUCCACCUGCAGGACGCGGAAAGUGGUUGAGGGAGAUGUGGCUGAGGGUGGUGUGAAGGCCUGGGAGCCCCACCGGGUCCAGAACCCACUGGCGUUCUCUGACGACGAGGAGGAGGACCUGCUGGAUUUCAUGUACAAGUAUAAAGCACCGAAAAGGACGGAUUCGCCCCUGGAGGCACCGCCUAGACUCCUUCGAUCUCGCUUCAGGAAGAAAAGUACCUCAUCCUCGGCCACCGAAACCACCCGCCCGGCCCAUGCUGCAGCAGAUCUCCCCGGGCAGGGCGCCUCCCAUCUGAGCACCUUUGGAGAACAUGAAGCAGAAACAAGCAAACAAAACAGAGAAGCCGAAGCGUGCUAGGUUUCAGAUAUGCUCCAGCAGCCGAGACGGGCCAGCCCAUGGUGGCUCCAGGAAGGGUCAGAGGCCGAGGGCUCGGGGACCAGCCCUGCUGCCCAGAUCCCGGCAGCCAUCCUGCCGUCCGCCCCCUUCCCCACCUGCUGCAUGAGUGGAGUGGACCGCUCACGGGGGAGUCCGGCUCUGAGAGGACUCCCUGCUUAGACUGGGGAGUCUGAGGGGCAGUGUGGUCCCAGGAGCCGAGAGCUGAGCCACACGUAGGACUAGCGUAUUGUGCGUAGUUGGUGUUCCCGUGUACUGCAUGCCAUGACCCCAUGCCAGCACCCAUGCGUUUGGAUCGUGUUUGUGCGUAGAUCUGCCCUCAGGACUAGAGUAGUGUCGUCUGCCACUCUGAGCUGUCCACCGGCUGUAAACAGGCCCAGUUAGGAACCACCCCUCCCCGGCCCUGCAAACAGGUGUCCAUCUCACAAAGGGGCGUAGUGGAGGCUGACUGGCCGGAUACACACAGCAGUCCCUUCGUCCGGCAGGCCCUCUGACAGCAAUUAUGAAGUUUAUAAGGAUCUAGGAAAAUCAGCCUGAAGGUGGUUUCCUGGCGGAGAGGUCAGAGGCCUCCUGCUGUCUGUGGCCCACUCCCACCAAUGCCCAACCUGCUAGAGAAGACAGAGAACCCCCAGAGUCCAGAGAGGAACAGGUCUGGGCAUACCCAGCGUCGUCAGAAACAAGUGCAAAAAGCUCGGGUGAAACAGCUCUCUAGCAAUUGUUUUUUAAUUUUGCCAAAAUAAUAAAUGGCUCUAGCAAUGGUUAUGUCAUGUUUCUGUGGUUCUACAAUGGACGGUGGUGACCGUGCAGAGGAUCAGUCUGCGCUCACGUACCCUUUUCAUCCAGGUCGGGUGCACGGGCACCCGUUGCUGCCCCAGCGCAGCCUGCUUUCCUCCAACUGCUGACCAGGGAGGGGCUCUCUCAAGACACUCAUGCACAUGUGCUUUUGGCAAAAUGUGUCUCCUGACGCGACAGCUGUUUGUGUGAAUGUGAAUGCCGCUCAGUGCACGAGCGGCGUGUUGUCUGGAGGACGCCACCGGACAACUUCAAGGCACUGACUUACAGACAGGCUGUUUACUGGUCACUAGCUCGAAAGUCUGUGACUGCCCCGUCAUGGUGUUCAGCGCACUGGCUCGCACACCUGCUGCUUCUGAGAGGUUGAGCCAGGUCUCCUGCCUCACUGCUGAGCCUCGUCACUCUCCCUCCCUGCCACUGGCCCCCGACGCGUGUACUCUGUGGAACCUCCCUGUGUCUGUGCAGUGUGUGUGUCCACCACCACCCUCAUGAGCCCUCCCCCUCGCCUCCCACAGCACUUGAGUGGCAGGGGAUGUACUUCACCCGGUCACUGCACACGGAAGGAGCCGGCGCUCUGAAAAGUGACUGCUCCCUCCAGCUCUUCCUGCAGUCGUGACAGAACCAUCUGCAAUUGGACUGAACUGGACUGGACUGGACGGUGCACUGGAGGGAUGUAAAUGACAGUAUUCCAAAGGCUGAUGUUCUGCUGUUUUGUUAUGAUGCUUGAUACACAUCUUGAAUAAAGUCUUAACAUCUUUCUUUUAA